AUGCAAGUGUCAAGAGUACGAGAUAUUAUAACCAGGCCGUUUCAAAACCUUACUGCUUUGGAGAAAGUGGUUCAAUGGUUACGAUUAGGGACGACUUUGCUUAUAAUUUCGUUUGGGUUGGCGUUGACUGUUGGACCCCUUUCCUCGCCGAGAACAUUAUAUAUGUCGCGACUGGAUACUUAUUCUGCUGAUAUUACGACGGGUUUAUUUACCGUAUUGAGGCAAUCUAUGGAACAAUCAACAUCGACAGAAGAAAAUAAUGGCGUAGGGCUGACAACGUCUGAAUUAUACAUACUAACUGCUUACACUGAGAGUCAAAUAAAAAACGUUCCUCAGUAUAUCACAGUUUCACUUUACGGGAGGUGUGAUUCUACGUAUACAAUGGUAGAGGUAUUUGACUCAGAAGGAAAUAUGCAUAGCGUCAAGAACUCGACCACCAAGAGUACCUGCAGUACUAUGGGAACUAAUUAUCUAUUCGAUUAUCGUGAGGUAUUAGCAAACUUAGGCUUGGAUAUUGUUUUAGAUUACGCCUAUAACAAAAUAGGCUCACAGCAGGCAGAAAGUUCUGCAUAUAUGGCUUAUAUGAAGAAUUUGAAACAUAAAAAGGCCAACGUGCUACAUUUACUCUAUGCAGUUAUUAGUUUCCAGGUGUGUAUGUUAUUUUUGAUGAUAUGGUACUAUUACAUAAAGGGAAGAUUCAUGAACGCACUUAAAGAAAGGGCACUUGUCCAUAUCAACUCCUUGCUAUCGCUCGUUGUUUUUAUUGGAGGCUUAACAAGUACCAUAAGUCUUGCAUGGGUUAACUACACUAUCCAAUCAAGAAUUAAUUCAGAACUAGAGGCCUUUGGGUUUUCUUACCAUCUCGGAGUUACGUGGUUUGCUCUUCUAUGGUGCUUUGCGGGUUUAAUUUCUGUAUCGUGCUUAGCUUGGUCUGGCUUGGAAUGGUGUAUUUCUGAUAAUGGUACGUCCUAUGGAGGUGGAAUUGAUGAUAAGUUUUUGGGUUAUCAAGCUGGCGUAUUCACCGACGUAGAUCUAGAUGAUGAAACUUCUCACAAUCAACGUUAUUUACAACGGCAGUCUACUUCAGGCGAGGCUGAGUUAAUGAGAAAUAGUGAAACCAUGGAAACAAUAAAUAAAACUGCUAAUAUUGAUUUAAACAGAGCUGAUGAAACUAACACUGAUUUAGAUAAUGCAAAUGACACCACAGAACUAGGUGAUAGCAACAGAAAUGAACCGUUUGCUAGUAGAGAGGAAUUUGAAUUGCAGGACAUAAGAUUCCGGCCAAGCAACGACAGUGAAGAGAGCAUACAAAGAGUUAUCAAGCCUUCAUCAGCAUUACAGUUUUGA